AUGCCAGAGCUACACGACUUCCCAAGAUCCUUCGACGCAAGGCCUUGCGGACCCCGAACAUACAGACCACACAGGCAGAGGACGAGAGUUCGGUUUGCUCGCGAUAUAAAGAGUCCGUCUCGGGGACGGGCUGGGGAGGGGGAGAUGAAUAUGGAAACAACGGCGGAUGAGGCGAGAUCACAGAGACCAUCAGAUGAGUUGAUAGACAGAGCUUCGCUAUGUCUACCCCAUUUCGGCAAGAAUUCUAUAUUGCAUGGGGGAGACGAAGGAUUCAAAGAUGUUCUCGGACAAUACUUUCCGUCCGCUGAAAGUAAUGCUGCGGAGCGUCUGGUCGACCUCAAAUCAAGGCUGAGGGCUGCGUCAACACACGAUUUCUGGGGGAUAUUGAUGGAAGAGAUGUGCGAUAUCACUGGUGCUCAAUGUGGAUUUGUUGCCAAACGGAUGCAUGUGGAUGACCAGGACAGUGCGGUUGAGAUGCCAGAGCUCGGCGAACCCGGAUCAUGUCUGAUGGGAGUUGCAUUUUAUCUCACCAAUGGUUCCGACGUCAAUGAACUAUAUCGAGAUUAUCGGUAUCAUGCCUAUGGCACACCAUAUGCUCACAUGAAGUAUGACAAGAUAUUCAUUGUACCGGAAAGGAUGGAAGAGUUUGUACCCAACAAUCCAAAUCCAAUGCCGUGGACGCAUUCAGAGGCCUUCAUAGGGGUCCCUCUCUUCACCGAAGGGAAGUGCUUCGCUCAUUUUGGGAUGACCUGGUCUUCGGAGGGUGCCAGUACGAGGAAGCUGGGUUGGGCAUUCAUUGAGAUGUUCUUGCACUCACUCGAGGACAUGAUUCUUGCGCGGAUACUGGAAGGGAGAGGUUUCGCCAAGGAGAUGGCCCCACCAGACACAGCACCGGCCGAAGUCAUACCCCUUUCUGCCAUCACAGGUUCGCAGUCUCUCAAGCCCUACGCCCGCAGCCUUUCGCAUGAGUUGAAAACACCUAUGCAGGGAGUUGUAGGCAUGUUGGAUAUAAUGUACUCCACCGUCCUCGAUGCCAUCGCGAGCCAACAGAAUGGCAGAGCCCGUGAUGUCUUCAAAGACCUCAAGAGCCAUAUUGAGGUAGUCCAAGACAGUUCUAGAAGAGCUGUUGAAGCCGCUGACAACGUUGUCCAUGCGUACGAUCUCAACAUGCAGAUGCCUGAAACCCCUUUGACCCCUAGUGACAUGGAUAUGAGAAGAGGGUUAACGACGCCUGCCACAAGUUACUCUCGCCGGCAGACUCCCACAGAGGAAGCCGAACUACUCUUGUCGCCAAUCUCCAAAAAGCGUGAGAGAACCGAGGAAUGCUGUCAUCCAGGCCCAUCGCUGAAACGCAUGUUCACGAUGACCGAAGCCGAAAUACUGCAUACCUAUUACCCCAUGGAGAUAUCCAAGCCGAUGAAUGGAGCCACUAUUGCCAUUACAGAAACCCUUCCUUCCACCAAAGCUUGGUCGGAAACAGAUUCGGAGAAUUGCGAGCAGAAGCAUAGCCCAACCGUUACUUCGGGUAUCAUGAGCCCAACUCAUAGGCGGAUAGCCACCCGGGACUUUAUCAGAAGCCUUGUUAAUGACGCACUGCGAAAUGGCCACCCAACGAGUGAAACUCAUAAAGAAACCAGCUUGGGCGAGAUCAUUGAGGUCAAAACCAUAGGCUCUAGGGGUGAGGUCCAAGAUAGGACGAUAUUUCUGGAAAUUGAGUCAGAUGUUCCUGAAGUCAUCAUAACUGAGGAGCAACAUCUUCAAUUUGCCCUUCAGAAAUUGGUCGACAAUGCUAUCAAGUUCACUGAGCGUGGCAGGAUUACGAUUACUGUCAAGAUCGGCAGAGGCUCGCAAGUUGUCGAAAUUUGGGUUGUUGAUACAGGGUGUGGUAUUGCCGAAGAGUCGAAGUUGAAUCUAUUCAAGCCUCACUUCCAGGAAGACGCUUCCAUCAGUCGAUCAAGAGACGGUCUUGGCCUGAGCUUAUUCAAUGCCAAGGCACAUGUGAGGAAGAAUCUUGGCGGCGAAGUCACAUUGGAACGGUCCGAUACGGAUGGACCUUUGAAGGGUUCAGAGUUCUUGAUUCGCUUGCCGAUUACGACCUUGGAUAUGAGCAAUCUCGACGCAGCCUUGGUAGGAACGCCACCUCCAAUAUUCCUCCAGCGUCGACCUUCACCAGCCGUAGAGCCUUCUGUGGCCUCUGCCCCGAUCUCUUUAGAGCAUGCCCGUACUUCAUCCGGUGUAUCGUCUCUUCCGAAAUCACCAAAGCCUGCGCCUCGCAAACGAGUGGCUUUCAAUCCACAACUGGCCCAAGAAUAUCCUCUGAACAUCCUCAUCGCCGAGGAUAAUGCCAUUAACCGCAACGUCGCCAUUGGCUCACUCAACAAACUCGGUUACGGAAACAAUAACAUCACGGUUGCAUUUGAUGGCGUGGAAGCGGUCAACCACUACAAAGCUUCCUUGGCACUACCACCUGCGCAACGAUUUGAUGCUGUAUUGAUGGAUAUCUGGAUGCCCAAUAUGGACGGCUAUGAAGCAACGACGAAGAUCAUGGAUAUCGCGAAAGCCCAUGGAGAGACGACGAAGAUCAUUGCGGUCACAGCAGACAUCACAAGCGACUCCAUCGACCGAGCCAAGGCCGCAGGCAUGCAGGACUUCCUCGCGAAACCCUACAAAGUACUGGAUAUCGAGCAUUUGAUUGUCAGCAACUUCCCAAAAUGA